AAAACAUAUUCUUUUCUAAGAAAUAUUUUCCACACUAAUCGAGCCCACUCAAGUAGUGGGACUUGAUUAAUAAUAUGGAUAUAUAAAUUCAACUGCGCCCUCUAAGGUAAAUGAAAAUAUUCACCAAUUAAACUUCUCCAUUCUAACUUGACUUUUGAAGCGAGAGCAGUCCCCCAUACUGGUCUGCAUCAAGCUCACUAAUUGCAUCUUAUUUUAAACAAUUUUUAGUAAGCAAGUUGUGCAGCUGACAAGAAGUUUCGUUAUGAUUUCUAUGUACAGUGACAAGAAAAAUAUGAUCAUCCUUUUUUUUUUCUUUGUUUUUUUGUAAAUAUCGUGUUCAAUCCUGUCUAGUAAUAUAUUUGGAUAUAAACAUAUUAGCACAAUCUUCCAAAGGAAAUUCACAUGCAUUUGUUUGUAUGUGCAUUGAGAAAAAGGCGUUUCAACUCCUAGCUCAGAACAAGUAUUCUCAACAACUGGCACUCAUUAUCUGCAUCACACAUGCACAAUCCAAAUUAUAUUUCACUUUAAGCAGCUUAUGAGUGUCUUCUCUCUGUUUUUUUUCUACAAUGGCCUCUUCCAUUAUUCUCUUUAUGUUUUCUUCCUUGUUAACUAUCUCAUUCCCUUUGCAAGUUGAACCCAAAAAACCCGACUCGAAAUCCCAGUCCCAGAUCAUUGUCAUGGGCAUGGUAUAUUGUGACUUCUGCUCCAACAACACCUUCUCCAAGCACAGCUACUUCUUGCCGGGAGUAGAAGUUAGAAUAGAUUGCAUAUUCAUAGCAAUUUCUUCAAGAACAACAGAACGGAUAUCAUUUUCGGUGAACAGAACUACAAAUAAGUAUGGAAUAUACAUAUUUGAAGUGCCUAGUGUUGAUGGUGUUCAAUGUGCCAGAGACAAAGCAGUUGGGAAUUCCUGCAGAGCCAGCUUAACAGGGAUAAGACCAUCUUCUUCUUCCUGUAAUAUUCCAGGAUUUAGGACUACAUCGGAUGAAAUUUCAAUCAAAUCCAAACGAGAAAACACUUGCAUUUAUAGUCUCAGUCCAUUGAGUUACAGACCAUCCAAGAGAGAGAUUGACUUGUGUGGAAAAUAAGGAACCAACAUUCUUGGAUCUACACGUCUUGUUCUCAUCUCUUUGAGGCAAUCAUUGAGACAUCUACAGGAUACUUGAACAAUAUUAAAGAAGUUAAAUAUUCUUGUUUGCUGUCUUGUAUGGUGGUGUCUAGUAAAUCGUUCUAUGUUUCUCAAGAAUUUAUGUAAUCUGUAUUUGGUUUUUGGCA